UUCAUUUUAGACAUCAUGGAAUCUAAGUUUUAUUCAAAACUUUUCACUUAUAUUGAAACAAAUAAUUCGUUUUCUUCUUUGGAUUUCAGUGAUAUUGGUUUUGAAAAACAUAGUGAAGCCUUGCUUUCUCUCAAGUCUCUUAAGUCCUUUGGUCAUAUAUUUCUCAUUUCUGAAGUGAAAAGAAAGUUCUGGUGCUUAACUGAGAAAGGAGAGGAAUUCUUAAGAAAUAGUAAACAAAAAAAUGUACAAAACAUACUUGAAGUCGAUAAAUUGUUUAACAGCUUAGUAAAAGUCAAAGAGGAAAAUGUGAAAUCAGUAGAUGAAAAUUUUUUAAAAGAAUGCGAAGAAAAUAACUACAUUAAAAAGGGGGAAAUAGACAGUUUAGAAGUUUCGAAAGGUAACUCGUUCGCUGAUAAUUUAGUCUUAGCUGACGAUUUGACAGCAGACAUGAUAGGCUCUGACUCAUGGAACAAUUUGGUCCUUUCCUCUUAUGAUUAUAACAAAAUGGGGCUUAUGGAAAAAUUUGGAGGACUACAUGUUAUUUACAAUUUUGGGACUGCAAUUCGUGAAGCUCUUUUCGAAUUAGGCUUCAAAGAAGUACAUGUGUCAAAUUAUGUAGAAAAAUAUUCUAAGGAGGAUGCUGAUAAGGCAUUGGAAGAAACAGAUAAUGUUUAUAGCGUUCACUUAAAUGAAAAUACUAAUGAGGAGGAGGCAUGUUCGAAAACCUAUUAUUUGAGAAGUAGUCUUUUUAAUCGUUUACUUUCCGAAAUUUCUAUUUUGAAAUCAGUACCAUCCAAGCUGUUUACUAUUGGAAAAGUUUUUCAAAACAGAGAGUUUGACAGCCUCGACAUACCCGAAUAUCACUCUCUUGAAAUGAUGAUUUCCGAUGUCGAUUUAGAUCUAUCGAACGUUUUAGGAAUAUGCGCGGCAUUGUUUUCUCGCCUCAACAUCGGCUUUACUGAUUUUAAACAGGCAUAUUUUCCCUACACCUCACCUACCGUCGGUAUAUAUCUCUAUAAUGAAAUUCUGGAUGCAUGGAUUUCUGUCGGAAAAGGUGGGAUAGUCCGUCCUGAAGUUAUGAAGAAGUUAGGGUAUAAUGAUAAUAUGUUCAUAUUGAGAUUAGGAUUUUCUUUGGAAAGAGUCUUAUUGAAUAAGAAUGAGACUGACGAUAUGAGCAAUUUGCUAUAGCAAAAAGAAAUAUAACUAUAUACAUUUUUAAUAUCCUGAAGAUAUUACUUUUUUCUUUACUUAUUUCAUCUCGUAUCACUUAUACCUAGAUCAGUUGUUGUUUUUAAAUUGUAUAAAAU